UCACACACACGAUCAGCACAGCAUGCCGAGCCAACCGACCUGAGAAAGCUUCAUUGCAUUACUAGACGUUCAACGAUUACGUCCCUAAGCUACUUUUCGUUUGAAAAAUAUCGUAUACGUUAGACUACAUCUUCUCGUCAACGGACGAGCCUCUUUAACAUAUUAUAUACUCGUGCUACAUUUUCUCUAAAAAAAUGGAUACUAAUCAAACUCCUCUUUCACCACCGGCCUCACCCCAAUUCAAACACAUUGAACCACUUCAAUCUUCGUUCAGCGUUGCAGCACUUUUAGGAGAUAAACUUCAACAGAAAGCAAAGACCAAUAUGAACAUAAAGAAAAGUAACAAUGGAACUACUCGGCCUGGUUUACCUCCAACUCCUCAACCUUCUGAUUCGGAAGAAGAUGAACCUCUCCGAAAAAGGCGAUCUAUGGAACAAUGUGAAUUAGCAAAAUUACUCUUGGAUGGUACACCACCCCCGAGUCCAGAACCUGCCCGUGUAUCAGUGAUAAUGCGUGCCAAUCGAGAUGGUACCUACAGUCCUGCCAACUUGAUACCAAAGAUUACCACAAUGUGUUCACAACUAAUUCCACAUAAUUCACAACAGACUUCCAACCUACAGUUCGAACCAACCACGCGACAGAAUACAGUGGAAUCGGAGAACAUACUGAAGAGUCUUAAAUUCAAAAUGAGUUUACGGAAAGAAGAGAUUAUUAUAAAUAAUAAAAAUACUGAUCGCGAGACUAUUCAGCCAAAAUUACAUCCUCUAGCACCAAAACCUGCACCAAUCAUGGUAACCGGAUUAUUAGGAUCUCCUUUGGUUCUUCCACGAGCUCCUCUUUUAUUAGUCACUGCACCUACAACAACGUCAAAUAUAACUACUCCAGAAUCAACUAUACGACGUCGUGUUUAUGAAUGUGAACAUCCAGGUUGUGGCAAAAAUUAUUUUAAAUCUUCUCAUUUGAAAGCCCAUACACGGACUCAUACAGGUGAACGACCAUUUUCGUGUCCUUACGAAGAUUGUAAUAGACGAUUUUCAAGAAGUGAUGAAUUGUCACGACAUAAACGAACACAUACUGGAGAAAAGAAAUUUGUUUGUCCUAUCUGUCAAAGAAGAUUUAUGAGAAGUGAUCAUUUAGCAAAACAUGUUAAACGACACACCAGAGAUAGAUCUUCCUCUAUCCGCGUCACUGGUGCUCAAACUGGUUCUAUUACACAAAUGACACCCACACCUUUAAAAGUAAGUUUACUUCCUGUUAUAGCACCACGCAUAACACAAUCAACUCAACAAAUAAUUGCACCGCAAUUAACGGUUUAAAAAAUAUAAAAUAUUGUAUAUUUAAGCCGUAUCUAAAGCUGUGAAUCGAGCUUUAAUUAUUACAGGAUUGAAAACCAUUCCGACAUUGUGAAAAGAUUGUUUUUUAAUGGAUAAUUAAAAAAAAAAACAACAGAUAUGUGAAAAAACUUAUCUCAAAUUUGAUGAAGAACAACUUCGAAAUGUGAAUAUUUACAAUAAUAAAUUAUAUGUUUUUAUGUGUACCGCAUAGUGAUUAUAUAAAAAAAAAAA